CUGGGAAGUUUGGAUCCCCUCGUUUGCCCGUCGCGAGACUGCCUCUGUUUCCGUCUAGAGAUUUCGUCUUCUUCUUCAUUUCGCCCUUCGAGAAGAGAAAGGGAGAUUCCUUUCCUUCUCUCUCUCUCUCUGCGAGCCUCUUUGAAGCUAUUGGAGAAGAAGCCUUUUGAAGCUUCUUUACCUGAGAGUCGCAUCGCAGAGAGAGAUCUAACCUACUGUACAACAUUUCUUGCGAUUCUUCGCCUACAGAAAGGAGAGGGGAAAUUACCGCACGAUUCGGACUCAUAUGGCGGUUUCUAGGGCAUCUUUUGGAUUCGUGGCUGCCGCUGCGCUCGUCUUCACCAUCUUCUUGCCGGUUGCUCAGCCUCAGUCUUUGGCUCCGGCUCCCGCUCCCACCAGCGACGGGACAUCCAUAGAUCAAGGGAUAGCUUAUAUCUUAAUGGGGGUGGCAUUGGCGCUCACAUAUCUCAUCCACAGUGCUGACUUAGUCAGCAGCAGCAGCAGCAACUUCUAGAAGCAUAAUAUAGUAUUUGGGAGUUUAGUUAGAAGUGGCAAUGGGUUCUUCUCUUGCUGCAUCCUUUCCUGUUUCUGUUUUAUUUAUUUAUGAGAUCAUCAUCAUCAUCAUCCUCACACAUUUCUUCUAUGUACAUUCUCCUCAUUUUUAAAUGACAUUUAUUGGCUUUCCCUUUUUCCC